AUGACAUCCACACUAAAACUCCAACCCGUCACGCUCGACGACAUCCCGUCCCUAACCGAUCUCUUCUAUGAUGCUUUCGGCAUCCCUGAAAACCUGCAAAUGUUUCCCGACACACCCGGCGUCCGAAAAUGGUGGACCGAAGCCAACCGCACCUGGCUCCUUGAAAAGCCCGACUCGCGAAUGCUCAAAGUCGUCGACACGCGGCACCCGGGUCGCAUAGUCGCGUACGCGAAAUGGAACCUUGCGGCGCACAAGUACGAACCGCGAUUUCCGCCGUGGCAUGAAGAGUCCGAUCGCGAGUUGUGUGGUAAAUUGUUCGGGAUUACACAGGAGCAUCGCGAGAAGGUGCUGGGGGAAAGGGAGCAUUAUUAUUUGGAUCUUAUCAUCACGGCUCCGGAAUAUCGACGACAAGGCGCUGCAUCGCUUCUGGUCCAAUGGGGAUGUGACCUGGCGGAUCAGAAUGGGGUCGUUGCUUACUUGGAUGCGUAUGAGCCUGCUGCUCCACUGUAUUACAAGCAUGGGUUCGAAAAUCAGGUUGACCCGCCGUUGAACUUGGAGUCGAACCUGCCGAUGAUUCGUGAGCCCCGUUUGAAAUAUUAG